AUGACCGCGGCAUUAUCAAAUGAACAAGCCCAAAUUUAUGAACUUUUAUUAAGAGCAAAUAAAGAACAAACACAAGAAAUUAAGUCAGAAAUUCAGGAUACUAUAAAAACAUUAACAAACAAACUAGAUGAAGCAAAUACCGAAAUAAAAUACCUGAAAGAUCGAUGUGUUAACUUGGAAAGGAAAGCGAGAAGAAACAAUAUUAUCCUAUUCGGAAUAAAAGUAGAAGACAAUAGUGAGUUAGUCCCCACUGUUCUUCAAACUUUAAAUGAAAUAUUGGAAAUCGAGAUCAAAGUAUCAGAUAUCAAUAAUAUUUAUAAAAUUGGGAGAACUGAAAACGCACCAGUAAUCGUAGAAUUUAUUUCCUACAUAAAAAAAAGUUCAUUAUUCGCCAAUAAACAAAAGCUGAAACUACUAAAUGUGAAUGGACUAUCAAUUGCGAAUGAUCUAUGCGAAGAGGAUAGGGAAGAACAGAAGAUACUACUCAAACAUCGCAGAAUUGCAUUGGAACAAAAUGAUGAAGCCAAGAUCAAAGGGAGAAAACUUUAUGUAAACAACCAACCAUUUACCUCAGAGGAAUUGAAAAAUUUGGAGAAUAAAACUGAAACCGAAAACUUCACUGAAGAUAGUAACUCAGAAGAAGAAGAAGGAGAAGACCAGGAAGAAGAAAAGCGUGAUCAAGGAACUCAAUCAGGAAUAGUUACAACAAAUAAAAAUCUUGGAAAAGCAAACGAUAAGAAUAAACAACCUUUGGCGCAAUCAUCCAAUACCCAGCAAACGCUAUCAACCCAAAAGAGAAAACGUAGGAAGCUCUUCAAGUAUAGCCCAAAAAACACGCGAAGCAAUAAAAAAUAA